AUGCUGAUCAUGGACGCUGGCGUCACGGUCUUCGCGGAGGGCCUGGCCGGAAAUGUGCAGAAGGGCUUCGGCAUGGGAUCGAAGAAGAUCACGCCGGUGGAGGAAGUUAACACUACCUUCAACGACGUGAAAGGGUGUGAUGAGGUGAAGGAUGAGUUGCAAGAGAUCAUUUUGUACCUCCGAGACCCGGAUCGCUUCACACGCCUUGGCGCCAAGUUGCCCAAAGGCGUGAUGAUGAGUGGUUCUCCUGGUACGGGCAAGACACUCCUGGCACGCGCCAUUGCGGGUGAAGCAGGGGUGCCCUUUUUGCAGGCACGGUUGGUGAAACCAGGUGCUUGUCGGUGUGCUGGUGUCAACAAGAAAGAUAGAUCCCCAUCCCAAAAUGAGGAAUUCACCAGGCAAAAUUGGCAUUCAACCAUGAAACAUUAA